GGCUGGCGCGGGUUGGUUUUCAUCUCAGUUGGGAGGUAAUCGCGAUUCGCCCUAUAGGGUUAAACUGACAGAGUGGCCAUCCUAGAGAGGCCAAUAAGGAGAGGAAAGGAAGUUGUUUAAGCUACUUCCUGGCCCGCCCAGCACCGUGGGAAAGUGGGCCUUGUAUUUCCCACGGAGUCAGGAUGAGCGGUAGCAGGCAGGAGAGUGAGAAUCAGGGAAAGCAAACUGGUGCCUUGCCAGAAAGAGCUGUGUGUCAGGAGAUGGAAGAAAAGCUGGAAGAUCAAGCAGGGGGCAUAAUGGAGACCUGGAGAAAAGAAUCCUUUUCUUUCAAAAAACCUGACUUCCCAGAAAUACAAGAAACAAUACACAUAGGUGAAAAUAAAAAUACGUGCACAGUGUGUGGGAAAAUAUUCAGAGACGACUCGAACCUUAAGCGACACCAGAGAACCCACACGGGAGAAAAACCGUACCAGUGUUUGUACUGCGGGAAGAGCUUCAGUCGGAACGCGAACCUUGCUUCCCACCAGAGAAUCCACACGGGAGAGAAGCCCUACAUGUGCUCGGUUUGUAGCAAGACCUUUGGUGACAAAUCCAGCCUGAAUCGGCACGAGAGAAUCCACUCCGGGGAAAGACCGUACGAGUGCUACGAGUGUGGGAAAAGCUUUGAUUUGAGCCAAUCGUUGAUCAGCCACCAGAGGACCCACACGGGAGAGAAACCGUAUAAAUGCUCCGAAUGUGGGAAAACGUUCAAUCGCCGCCAAAACCUCCUUAGCCACCAGAGAAUCCACACAGGGGAGAAGCUGUACAAAUGCUCCGAAUGCGGGAAGAGCUUCAGCAGAAGCCAGAACCUCACGCGACACCAGAGCAGCCACACGGAGGACAAACUGUAUGAAUGCUACGAGUGCGGGAAAAGCUUCCGUCUGAGCCAGUCCCUGAUUAGCCAUCAGAAAAUCCACACUGGAGAGAAGCCAUAUAUGUGCUCCCACUGCGGGAAAAGCUUCAACCGGAGUCAGAACCUGAUCAGCCAUCAAAGAGUCCACACAGGAGAGAAACAGUACAAAUGCUUAGAAUGCGGGAAAAGUUUCAAUUGGAGCCCAGACCUCCUCCGCCAUCAGAGAAUCCACACGGGGGAGCAGCCCUAUGACUGCUCAAAAUGCGGGGAACGCUUCAAUCGGCGCGAGAAUCUUAUUAGACACAUGAGGAUACACAUGGACAAAACUCUGUUGCAUUGAAUAUUGCCUACUCUGCAGGACCUUUCUCAGCAUUAAAGAAUCCCCCCCCCACAGAGGGGUGCUGUUAAAAAUAAAUCAAUAUACUUUA